AUGAAGAAUGCCUCGAAAAAAACUUACGGCCUCUUCAACUUGUCUCUUGAAAAUCUUGAGUUUAGUCUGGAGUUUAUCAACCAAUUCAGUCAAUCUCUCUUCAUUCUUCUUCUCUUCGACAACUUGGAAUUCGACCUCCUUGACACGUCUCUCAGCCUUACGCCAGUUCUUUUCGGUAUCUUGAUGACGUCUUUGCUCUCCGUCCAAUUCUUGUUCGAUGGCACGAAUUCUGGCUUCCAAUUGAGCAAUGAUCUUCUUACCUCCCUUCAAUGCCGCGUUCUCAGCAUCAUCGAGUCUGAUCUGCAUUUCCUUGAUUUGAAGUUCAAGUCCCUUGCGGAUUCUCUCAAUCUCAGCGUGAGCAGCAAGAAGUUCUCCUUCGAGCUUGCGACGUUGUCCAGUAAGAGCGGAGACGUGGGCGUUAAGGUCGUUGUUCUGUUCACGGAGUUCGAUGCAGUCGGCUUCGGCGUUACGACGAGCUCUCUCAGCGGCUUCGGCUUGUUGAGCCAACUCGUCCUUCUCGGCUUGCAAGAUGGCAUUUCUCUUCUCGGAAGCGAAGAACUGCUCGCGGAGUUCGUCCUUUUGGCGUUGUUCCUCCUCGAUUUGGACUUGGAGUUCGCGGACGGUUUCCAUGUACUUCUUGAUGGUCUUCUGGGCGUCAGCGUUGGCGCGGUUGGCAUGAUCCAAAGCGAUUUCGAGAUCGUUGAUGUCGCUCUCGAGCUUCUUCUUGAUUCUGAGAGCCUCCUCCUUCUGCUUGGUCUCGGCUUCGAGAGUAGCUUGCAUGCUCUCCAAAGCUCUUUGGUGGUUUCUGCGAGUGUUCUCGAAUUCUUCCUCCUUCUCUUGGAUACGUUUCUCAAUCUCACUACGGAUCUGGGAGACUUCGAUUUGGGCUCUGAGAACCUUGGCUUCCUCGGCUUCGAGGGCAGCCUCGGCUUCAUCGAGAGCCUUCUGGAGCUCUUCCUUCUCAACUUCGAGCUUUCUGACGAUCUUCUGGAGCUCGGCAACAGAUCUUCCUCCCUCUCCGAGUUGAUCGGUGAGAUCCUUGACUUCUUGAGCCAAAGACUUGUUCUCACGACGGGUGCUGUCGAGAUACUCGCCGAGCUCAUCGUUGGCAGUCUUGGCCUUGAAGAGGUCAGUGGAAAGUUGACGGUUGUCGCGUUGAGCAGCAUCGAGCUCAGAGGCGAGAUCGUCGGUCUUCUUCUUCCAUUCUUCAACGAUCUUCUCGAAUUGACGACGGUGCUUCUCAUAGUAAGCAACUUGAGCGGCAGCCUUCUCUACAUCAGAUUGAGCAUCGUCCAAGUCUUGCAUCAACUUAUGGCGAACCUUCUCUUGAGAAGCGAUCUUGGCGAAGAGUCCCUCGUUGGUGUCACUCAAUUCUUGAACCUUGAGUUGGAGAGCCUUCUUGGCAGCCUCGAUCUCCUCGAGCUUGUUAAGUCCCUCGGAAUCGAAACGGGCCUUCCAUUGUUGGAUUUCGGCAUUGAGCUUGCUGAUUUGACGAGUCAAGUCAGCCUUGGACUCGGCUUCCUCGUCGAGAUGCUCACGAAGGAUCUCGUUCUCGUGUUCCAAGUUCUUGGCGGUAGCAGCAAGAGUUUGACGCUCACGGCUUUCUUCUUCGAAGUUACGACGAGUCUCAUCAAGUUGAGAUUGAAGAGUUGUCUUGAGACGAUGAAGAGAGUUGACUUGGUUGUCCAUCUCUUCAAGAGUACGGUUCAAGUCUCCGUUCUCGUUGUUGAGACGGUUCUUGAGAGCAGCGAAAUCUUGAAGUUGUCUCGAUUGCUCAUCGGCCUUAGUUUGAAGUUCAGCAAAUUGAACCUCAAUUGUCUUGUAGACCUUCUCAACCUCUUGACGAGCACGAACUUCGCUGUCAGUGGCAUGUUGAGCCUCUUCGAGAUCACGUUGAAGCUUGGAUCUCUCAGCGUCUCCUCUUGCCUUAAGCUUUUGAAGUGUUUCGAGUUGCUCGGUGAGCUCAGCGACGGCAUCUCCUUGACGCUUACGGAGAGAAGAAACAGCGGUUUCGUGGUUCAAGGCAUCUUCCUCCUUCUCACGACGCAACUUGGCGAUUUCAGCCUCACGCUUCUUGUUAGCUUCGAUUUGAGCAGCAGAGAAUCCUCCUUGUUGCUCCAAUCUCUCGGAGAUUUCUUCCAACUCACGUUGAAGUUCGUUGCGAGUUCUAUCGGACUUUUGACGAGAGUUUCUCUCGGAUUCAAGUUCCUCCUCGAGCUCGGCGAUUCUGGCUUGAAGCUCCUUGAUUUGACGUUGAAGCUUGGCGGCAAGAGCUUGCUCCUCAGCGAGCUUGGCAGAGGCGUGGUGAAGAUCUUCCUCCUUUCUCUUCAAGGUAUUCUCAACAUCUUGCUUCUGCUUGGUGAUUUCAUCGAUGUUCUCUUGGGCGACCUUCAAGUCUCCCUCAACCUUUCUCUUGGAUUUCUCGAUAUCCGAACGAGAUCUCUUUUCACGGUCAAUAGUCUCUUCAAGCUCGUCCAUCUGUUGCUCGAGCUUGUUGCGGAUCUUCUCAAGAUGGUUGACCUUGUCUUCCUCGGAUUGAAGAUCCUCGUUGAGCUUACGGUUAGACUCCUCCUGAUGCUUCUUCUCCUUGUUGAGCUUGGCAACGGCUUCAUCUUGGUUAGCCAUCUCGUCUUGAAGAGAGCGGAUGUUGUGGUCACGGCUCUGCUUCUCUUGCUCGGCCUUUCUCAAAGAGAGCUCCAAGUCUUGGACGUGCUUCUUGGUGUCGCUGAGCUCUUGUUCGGUCUUCUUCUUUGCACGAGUAAGGUCUUCGUGACGCUCUUGCAUAUCUUCAAGUUGUCCAGAGAUAUCGGUCAACUUGCUCUCGAGAGUUGCUUUGAGUUGGUUGAGUUUCUCGUUUCUCUCUUCGGCAUCAGCAAGAUUGGCCUUCUCGGUUUCGAGACUCAAGAACAAAGCGUUCUUCUCCUCAACCAAAUCGGCAACUUGGCUCUCCAAUUGGGAACGAGCGAUCUCUCCUCGUUGAACGGCUUCCUCGAGCUUUUGGAUCUUCUCGGCAAGUUCUCCCAUAGCUUCUUGUUCUUUUCCAGCCUUGAGCAUUGGCUUGACCUUUCCGAAGAGCUUGAACCAUUCCCAGGUUCUGAGAGUGCACCAAGCACGGACGUUGCGUUGGACAAUGAGCAAUCCGGUUUGUUGUUCAUAACGACGACGAACUUCAGCCUUGGCGAGGUACGAGCGAACACGCGAUUGGAACAUGGUGAUGAUUCUGGAGAGAAUCUCGUCACGCAAGUCUUCAAGCUUGGCAAGAACUCCGGCCUUGAAGAAGAUCUUGGUCUCUCCGACCUUGAAUUCCUCAUCAGUCAAGUUUCCGUCAUUGGCGAUUUUGUCGAGGAUUCCAACGGAAGCCUUCUUUGGAUCAGAAUCCUUUGCAGCUUCAGCAGCAAGGAUAGCAUAACGGUGCUUGAAGUCUGGGUAGAGCAUUCUGUUGGGGAAUCCCUUACGGCAAAUUCUGAUUCCUUCCAACACUCCGUUGCAGGUAAGUUGGUUAAGAACGAGAGCAGAGUCGAUGACUCCAGAGGCCUUCAUCUCGUUUGGAAUAAUACAACGGAUGAAAUGUGGGUGAGUUUGGUAAAGCAUGUUCAUCAAGUUGUUGAGAGAUUCUCUGUAGAUCAUGGAGACAGUAGCAAAAGAAGAAGACUUUCCACGCUUUCCUCCUCCAGUCUGUCCAGAUUUAGCAGCCUCAGCGGCCUCUUCUUGGGUCUGGUAAUCGGACCAGAUGUCCAACAUCAAGUUGUUGUCGGUGGAAUGCUUGAGAAGAGCAACAGCGGUAUCGUUGAGUGGAUCCUUGUUCUUCUCGAGGAAGUUCAAUGCGUUGUAACGGACAGUUCCAGCGUAGUGAACAAUGGCGAAGUGAGCCUCUCCUUGCUUUCCCUUUGGUGGCUUUGGCUUCUGGAAGUUUGGAUGCUUUCCAAGAUGUUGAUCGAGAAGCUUCUGAGCGUAGAUGAUACCGAGUGGCUUUUCGAUGAGCUCGAUACAGGCUUGGAGAUCAAGUCCGAAAUCGAUGAAGGUCCAGGCGAUACCUUCACGCUUGUAUUCUUCCUGUUCAAGAACGAACAUGUGGUGGUUGAAGAAUUGUUGGAGACAGACAGCCCAUUUGACUUGUUCCAAGUUCUGUCCUUUGUUGACCCAUUCGGUUCCGACGCGGACACGUGGCUUGGUCAAAGCCUUGAGAAGCUCCUCAGCGUUGACUCCGAGCAUCUCAGCGGCGUUGAGAGCAUCUUCCUCACCAUCUGGCUCGGCUUGCUCUUCACGUGGACGUUGCUUGAACUUCAUCUCUCCCAUAUGCAUGAUACCAGCAGUGGAACGGUAAAGAUCAGAAGUCUCUUGAUCUUCGAAGCCCAUGAUAUCGAAGGCUUCUUGAGUGAGUCUCAUCUCUUCCUUAUCAUCCAUUCCUUCAAUGGUAAGCUCGGCUUGAGAGCAGAAGUGAUAGUAUUUGACGUCGUUGUUAAGCUUGAGUUUUCCUCGAAGGCUUGGGUCGCUUCCAGACAUGAUUUGGUAGAAGAUGUGGUAGCAACGCUCUCCUGGAGCUUGACGAACGACACGAGAUUUUUCGAGAAGGUCUGA